CAGCAAGAACUUUGGAGAAAAAGCAGCAGCAGCUUCACAGCCAUAUUGCCCAAAGGCCAUCGCGCAGGGGGGGUCUCCCGUCUUUGCAGCACUGCUGAACAGAGUACAGCCUGCCUGUUGAGUGGAUAAUAACCAUGAAGAGAAUGUUCCCAGUGACCUGCUGGAUAGCAGUUCUAUUUAUCCUGCUACUGACUGAUGACGCCCUUUCCAGAAUACCAAAGUUCCGUUUCAAUUUCGGGUUCAGGUCUGGCAGGAGUUCUUCCCACAGCAAAACAAAGCUUGGUUCUAGCAAGCCUGGUUCCUUAUCCUGGAAACCUGCUUUGCACAACCCUGAUUUCUCCCCCAUCAACCUUGGUCCAAAAAAGCCUCGGUCCUUUUUAAGAGCGUCUGACCUCUCCACAGACAUGACUAACAUCUCUGCAAUCUUCAUUCGAAGACAGACUGAGUCCUCCACAAACAAACCUGGUUCGUCCAGAGUCAAACCUGGCUUCCGCACAGAGAACCACCCCUACAACCCUAUUUACUCCCUACACAACCCUGCCUAUGUGCAGGAUUCUAACUUCUUCCCAAACAUGCCUAAUGUCUCCCAAAUCAUGUCUUAUGACUCCAGAGUACGAGACCUUCUCCAGAGAGUGCGUGAACUCUCCCGAAAUAAACCUGGCUCAUCCACGGUCAGAUCUGACUCUUCCACAGGAAAACCCCACCACCGGCCUGCCUAUGUGCAAGAUUCUGACUUCUUCCCAAACAUGCCUAAUAUCUCUGCAAUCUUCAUUCGAAGACGGCCUGAGGCUUCCCCAUCCAAACCUGGUUCAUCCCAAGUCAAACCUGGCUUCCCCACAGAGAACCACCCCUACAACUCUAUUUACCCCCUACACAACCCUGCCUAUGUGCAAGACUCUGACUUCUCCCCAAGCAUGCCUAAUGUCUCCCAAAUCAUGUCUUCUGCCUCUACAGUACAAGACCUUCUCCAGAAAGUGUAUGGACUCUCCCCAAAUAAACCUGGCUCAUCCACGGUCAGAUCUGACUCCUCCACAGGAAAAACCCACCACCGGCCUGCCUAUGUGCAAAAUCCUGAUUUCUUCCAAAAAAUGCUUAAUGUCUCCCAAAUCACGUCUUCUGCCUGCAGUGUACAAGACCUUCUCCAGAAAGUGUGUCAACUUUCCCCAAAUAAACCUGGCUCAUCCAUGGUCAGAUAUGGCUCCUCUGUAGAAGAAUUCAACCACCGGCUUGCCCAUGUGCAAAAUUCAGACUUCUUCCAAAAAAUGCUUAAUGUCUCCAAAAUCACAUCUUCUGCCUCCAGUUUACAAGACCUUCUCCAGAAAGUGCGUGCACUCUUCCCAAAUAAACCUGGUUCAUCCACGGUCAGAUCUGGCUCCUCCACAGGAAAACCCCACCACCAGCCUACCUAUGUGCAGGAUUCUAACUUCUUCCCAAACAUGCCUAAUGUCUCCCAAAUCAUGUCUUCUGCCUCCAGAGUACGAGACCUUCUCCAGAGAGUACGUGAACUCUCCCCAAAUUAACCUGGCUCAUCCACGGUCAGAUCUGGGUUCUCCACAGGAAAACCCCACCACCGGCCUGCCUAUGUGCAAGAUUCUGACUUCUCCCCAAGCAUGGUUAAUGUCUCCCAAAUCAUGUCUUCUGCCUCCAGAGCACAAGACCUUCUCCAGAAAGUCUGUGCACUCUUCCCAAUUAAACCUGGCUCAUCCACGGUCAGAUCUGGCUCCUCCACAGGAAUGCUCCACCACCGAACUGCCUAUGUGCAAGAUUCUGACUUCUCCCCAAACAUGCCUAAUGUCUCUCAAAUCACGUCUUCUGCCUCCAGAGCACAAGACCUUCUCCAGAAAGUGCGCGAACUCUCCCCAAAUUAACCUGGCUCAUCCAUGGUCAGAUCUGGCUCCUCCACAGGAAAACCCUGCCUAUGUGCAAGAUUCUGACUUCUCCCCAAAAAUAGUAAUAUAAAUGGUAACAGCCCAAGACAACUAGUAAACUGGAAAACAGGCUGACA